GUACGGGACGAGCCAGGUUGCUACGUUCGGCACGAAACCUUGAACGGCCUGCGUGCACGAGGAACGUUACCCGAUCGAGCUACCUUGCUCGGAACUUCCAAUAUUCCCUCUCUCUUUGCACAAAGAUGGAUGGAUCCCGAUCAGAUUGUACACGUACGGGUUCAAGUUGAGGCGCAUGUUCCAGGCAUUGCGGCUCUGCUACCUUCGGAGGGCUCUAUUAAUAUGCACGCACGGGCGCGCGAGUUCGCGGCAAACUUGCGUGCGAUGGUUCACCAGACGGGCAACCCGCUGCAUGAGUAAGUAGGCUAGCUGCAGAGGGGAGAGGCAAUGGUGAGGCUACGGCCGCCUCUCGCGAUCAACCUCCUCGUCGUCGUUCUCUUCCUGGGAGGCUCCGCCGUGCAGGCCGACGGGACGGCGGACGGCGGCAUCGUGCGCGUGGACGGCACGCAGUUCGUGGUGGACGGCGGCGGUACCAUCUACUUCAGCGGGUUCAACGCGUACUGGCUGAUGCUGAUGGCGUCGGACCCGUCACGGAGGGGCAAGGUGGUGGCGGCGUUCCGGCAGGCGUCCGCGCACGGGCUCAACCUCGCGCGGACCUGGGCGUUCAGCGACGGCGGCGACAGCCCGCUGCAGUCGUCGCCGGGCGUCUACGACGAGGCCAUGUUCCAGGGGCUGGACUUUGUGAUCGCCGAAGCGAGGCUGCACGGCAUCUACCUUCUCCUCUGCCUGACCAACAACUUCGAGGACUUCGGCGGCAAGCGGCAGUACGUCCGAUGGGCGAGGGAGGCCGGCCACGACCUCGCCACUGCCGACGACUUUUUCAACAGCACCGUCGUCAAGGACUACUACAAGAACCACGUCAAGACGGUGCUGACACGCGUGAACACCAUCACCGGGGUGGCGUACAAGGACGACCCUGCCAUCUUCGGCUGGGAGCUCAUGAACGAGCCGCGAUGCGACGCCGACCCUACCGGCGCCAUGGUGCAGGCCUGGGUGGAGGAGAUGGCGCCGUACGUGAAGACGAUAGACGGCAAGCACCUGGUGACGGCGGGGCUGGAGGGCUUCUACGGCGACGGCGCGCACGAGAGCAAGGACCUCAACCCCUGGGGCAUCUACUACGGCACCAACUACGUCGAGACGCACCGCGCGGCGGGCAUCGACUUCGCCACCAUCCACCUCUACCCGGACGUCUGGCUCUGGGGCUCCGGCGCCGACGAGCAGUUCGCCUUCUUCAAAAACUGGACGCGGUCGCACGUCCGGGACACGGAGCUGUACCUCGGGAAGCCGCUGCUCGUCACCGAAUACGGCAAGUUCCUGUGGGAGGGCGUCACGAACCGGACGCAGCGGAACUACUUCCUGGGCAUGGUGCUCGAUUCCAUCUACGCCUCGGCGUCCGACGGCGGGCCGCUCGUCGGCGGCGCGUUCUGGCAGCUGCUCGACGACGGCAUGGACACGCUCAGGGACGGGUACGAGAUCAUACUGCUCGAGGACUCCCGUGCAGCGAGCAUCAUCAGCAGACACUCCUGGCAGCUAGCAGAGCUCAACGGGCAGAACGUGGAGGCGCUUCGCCGGAGGAGGAGCUGGAGUUCGCAUAGGAAGAUACACGUAGGCAGCUCGGGUAGGGGUAGUAGUAGCACUGGUGAUACACCACAGUCCCAGAUACUCUUGGUUCGUUUCAUCGAUUUGUUCAGAUCAAUUUCUUCGUUGUUCAGCAGCGUAUAGACUGUAGAAAUUUUUUCAAUAUGUGAUAGAUAUGAUGUAGGUAGUGGGAAAAUGCAAAAUCUCAUGAACUUGUGCACAUACAACUUAUCUUAGUCAUCUAUCUCCCUCAUUUGAUGCUUA